CCGGCCGCUCCGCACCUCCGCCGAGUUUGGCCGGCCCAGAAGGGCAGCCAAAAGUUCAGCAUGCAGGAAGUUUGGAGGCAGCUCGGAGAGUAGCGCGUCGGCGGCGACUGCUGCUUCCCGUGCUGUGGGGUUUUGCUUUUUUUGCGGGGAUUGUGCCAUUCCCCCUCCGCCCCUCCAUCCCCCCACCCCCUCCCCAAUACAACUCCCCCAAACACACAAGCAACUCGCAACAACCAAAAAGUCCGGCAAGAGGGAAAGAACACGAGCGAGGGAAGAACCCUCGGCGGGAGAGCCCGUUUCUUCUCAGAGACACGGUCCCGCUCGCAGCUGGUCCCAAUGCAACUGCUCAUCCUCCUCCUGCUCUACGCCGUCGUCUGUGCGAACUUUUGCAGCCGUCAGGGGACCACCGCCCCUGCCCAGAGCGGAUCUAUAAAAGCCCUGCGGGCCUCCAACAUCAGGCGAGAUGAGAGCAAUCACCUCACAGACUUGUACCGAAAAGAAGAGAUCAUCAACGUGGCAGGGAAUGGCUGCAUCCACAGUCCUCGCUUCCCCAGCAGCUACCCCAGGAACCUCCUACUGACGUGGCGUCUCCACUCCCCAGAGAGCACCAGGAUCCAUCUGGCUUUUGAUAAUCAGUUUGGACUGGAGGAACCUGAAAAUGAUAUCUGCAGGUAUGACUUUGUGGAAGUGGAAGAUGUAUCAGAGACCAGCACAGUUAUACGAGGACGGUGGUGUGGACACAAGGAAAUACCUCCAAGAAUAACAUCAAGAACAAAUCACAUAAAGAUAACCUUCAAAUCUGAUGACUAUUUUGUGGCUAAACCUGGAUUCAAGAUAUGUUACUCCCUUGUGUGUAGCUCGAAAGAGACAGAUUUUGCAAACACUCAGGAAAUGGAUGAUUUCCAGCAUGCAGCCUCAGAAACCAACUGGGAGUCAGUCACAAGCUCUGUCUCAGGGGUAUCCUAUCCCUCUCCAUCAGUGACUGAUGCUACGCUCACGGCAGAAGCACUGGAUCAAACCAUUGCUGCAUUUGACACAGUGGAGGAUCUGCUCAAACACUUUAACCCGGACUCCUGGCAAGAAGAUCUUGAGAAUCUGUACACAGACAGUGGCCACCAUUAUCGAGGCAGGAGCUACCACGACAGGAAGUCCAAAGUUGACCUGGACAGGUUGAAUGAUGACGUGAAACGUUACAGCUGCACCCCGAGAAACUACUCUGUCAAUUUAAGGGAGGAACUGAAGCUGACAAAUGUAGUUUUCUUCCCCCGCUGCCUCCUUGUCCAGCGCUGUGGAGGAAACUGUGGCUGUGGGACUCCGAACUGGAAAUCUUGCAUGUGCAUGUCAGGGAAAACAGUGAAAAAAUAUCAUGAGGUGCUGAAAUUCAUCCCUGAGGCUGGGCAUACCAGAAGAAAAGGCAGAAUCAGGAACAACAUGGCCUUAGUUGAUAUACAGCUGGAUCACCAUGAGCGUUGUGAUUGCAUCUGCAGUUCAAGACCACCUCGAUAAAAAAAAAAAAGAGAAAAAAAAGAAAGAAAGAGAGAGGAAGAAAGAAAGAAACAAACAAA